AUGAGAUCCUGGCUUCUCUCACUUGUCACAAUAGCUGCUUUAGCAGCCCCUAUUGUGGCAGAGACCUUCACCAACCCGGUCAUAUGGGAAGACCUCGCCGACAAUGAGGUUCACCGCGUCGGAGACAUCUACUACUUGACCGCAUCCACUAUGCACUACUCCCCCGGUGCUCCCAUCCUACGCUCUAAAGACUUGGUCAACUGGGAGUACGUCAGCCACUCGGUCCCGAUUCUCGACUGGAACUCGCAAUAUGACCUCGCGGAUGGGAAGAAUGCUUAUGUCAAGGGCAUCUGGGCAUCCUCUCUUCGGCACCGGGCAAGCAACGGCCUCUGGUACUUUGUAGCCUGCGUAGAGUUCUUAAAGACCUACGUCUACAUAUCACCUGACCCAGCUGGGCCAUGGACCAAAGCCGGCACCAUUGACACAUGCUACUACGAUGUUGGCUUAUUGUUUGACGACGACGAUACCCCGUACGUGGCAUAUGGAAAUACUAUGAUAUCGGUAGCGCAGCUUUCGGCCGACGGACUUUCAGAGACACGGCGAGAGACUGUGUUCCAGACGCCCAGCGACAUUGGUGCCCUCGAGGGUGCACGCAUGUACAAGCGAGACGGAAACUACUACAUCUUCCUUACGAGGCCGCCUGAUGGACAAUACGUACUAAAGUCAUCUAGCCCAUGGGGUCCGUACGAGAUCAAGGUCCUCGCCGACCGAAUUGCACUGAGCUCGAUUCCUAACGCCGGCUCGCCGCACCAGGGCAGUCUCGUAGACACCCAGAACGGAGACUGGUAUUACAUGGGCUUCACAGACAUCUAUCCCGGCGGCCGCUCUCCCGUACUCGCUCCCAUCACUUGGAGGGACGAUGGUUUCCCGUCGCUGGUGACCGUCAACGGCGCCUGGGGAGAUUACGAGUACCCGCUUCCUCGGGUAGAUGUGCCGAGCGUGCUUCGCACCGAUGAGUUUUCCGGUGCGUCUCUCGGGCCUGAGUGGGAAUGGAAUCACAACCCUGAUGUCAGUGGUUUCGAGGUCGAUAACGGACUCACGCUCCGUACCGUCACUGUGACAUCCGAUCUGUACUCAGCUCGCAACACUCUGACGCAUCGCAUUCGGGGUCCGAUUGGAACCGGCACCGUCCACCUCAAUGUUGCGAGCAUGGCCGACGGUGACCACGUUGGACUCGCAGCGUUGCGCGACAAGUCCUCUUGGAUCGGCAUCGAACGCGAAGGAGACGUGUAUUCCAUCGUCACUGUCGGGGGCUUGACCAUGAACACCGACUGGACUACGAAUUCGACAGGAGCAGUUGUAGAGCGCAGACCAUUGGAUGAUGCGAGAGACGUCUACCUGAGAAUGGUAGCUGAUAUUCGGCCCGGUGGACCUUGCAAUGUUGUUUUCAGCUACAGCGUCGAUGGACAGGAUUUCGAGACUGUCGGCGCGUCUUUCACGCUGUACAAUAAUUGGGAGUUCUUUUUGGGUUACCGAUACGGCAUUUUCAACUACGCGACAAAAGCAUUAGGUGGCUCUGCACGAGUUUCGUCUUUCACCAAUGCCUAGUUGUUGUUGCGAGUCUGGAAGCUCUUGUGUAGACUCCACUUGAAUAAGAAGAAAAAGACUAUCCGUGAGAAUGUAAAUAGCCAAACGCAAGAAACACGUAAUGUGGGAGAAAGAAGAAUCUGU